AUGCCUCACACAUCAGCGCCAGCCUCGAGUUCUCACAAGCCUCCCACCGCAAGGGAUAUCCCGCCCGUUACAUUGACCAACAUACCUCAGAUUGACCCCGAGGAAUUUGCGCCCUACCUCUCUCAGAUUGGCGCUCUAUACGAGCAGCUUCGCCGCGUCAAGGAAAACGAGGAGGAAGAAAAUGCCAAUCGACGAGGCAGCAGACAAGACGAACAGGCCGAAAAUACCGGCGAUGGACUCUUGCGACCGGGAACGAAAGGCCGUCUCCCUCGGAAAGGCUCUACGGCUUCCCUGUCUUCUGUGAAUUCGGUAGACACUGUCAGCUCCCUGCGGAGGCCAUCGGCGCUCAGUCGCAAGGCUGCACAAGGGCCCCCUCCACUUUCGACUAUCCCCACUGUGUAUUUCGACGAUGAUUUUCAUCUUGAGAACCCCCGAACCUUUGAUGUUGUAAGCGAACGAUCCGAGGUCAUACAAAAGCAUAAAGAUGAGGGAAAUGGGAGUGCCGUUGUGCCAAGAAAGACGCUGGCAACGAAUGCCAUUCUACAAGAGAAACUUUCCUGGUACAUGGAUACCAUUGAAAUCCACCUUAUCAAUUCCAUUUCAACCGCAUCGACGACAUUCUUCACUGCGCUUGGAUCCUUGAAAGAGCUCCACUCUGAAGCAGCAGACUCGGUACAGCGAAUCAAGGCUCUGAGAAAGGAACUGGAAGCUUUAGAUGAGAGAGUGGCUGCAAACGGUCUGAUGAUGGUUCAAAAACAGCGACGGCAGGAAAACCUCCGACAGCUUAGCGAUGCCAUUUGGCAACUGAGAUUGAUUACUGAGGGCGUGGCCAACUGUGAGACUCUCGUUGAUGCUGGCGAAGUGGAAAAGGCACUAGUUAGCAUUGACUCGCUGGAAAUGUUAAUUGCGGGCGAACGUGAAGAGCCUGGUGAGCAGGCUGAGAUGCCCCGAUUAAGAGAUUUACGGUCUGCUUCGGUUCUACAGGGAGUUAAUUCGGAUCUCAAUCAACUCCGGCUUCGCAUCGGCAAGGCAUACGAAUCUCAGUUCUUAUUCAUGCUUUCAUCCGACGUUCGUCAGCAUAUUAAAUCUCUCACAACGGCCGAUGUCCUUCUUCGAUGGAGCAACGCAGCACCAAAAAGGGGCAACUACCCUAGGUCACCAUCUAUCUUUCCUACGUAUCUGGCUGGUACGGACGAAUUGAAAGCGCAGCUAUUGCCAGUUAUGACUGGUUUGCAUCGCGCUAAGCAUGUUGCAGUUGCUGCAACCGCUUAUCGCGAAGAGAUUCUCCGUGAAAUCAGGAACUUGAUCCGCCGACCGCUACCAAGUUCCAAUGACGAUGAUAACAUGUCCAUGAUGUCAAUUUCUACUGCAAGUGGAGGCAAACACUUGUCGAGUCAGGAGAAAUCUGCAAAUUUGGCCCGCAACCUACGGGCAUUAGACCCAGAAGAUGCAGAGGCACUCCUCACAACAAUAUAUACUGGUGUGACAGAGACAUUGAGGCGUGUGUCGACCCAAGUAAAGGUUUUACUGGAUAUAGCCAGUUCGCUUUCAGAUCAGCCCAAUGGCGAUGGGCUCAAAUCGCCUCCGAAUCGGUCUCCCUUGCCCAGCCCUCGAUAUGACCGGCAAACUAGCAACCCGCAGCCGUCCGCGUUUGCAAUUCAGGAAGAACUUCACAAGGCUAUCGAUUUGGGAAACCUGCUAGCCCAGGCUGUCGAUCUGGCAAACGAUAAGAUUGUUAAGAUACUCAAAGUUCGCUCAGAGCAGGCUAUCCAUCUCCCACUGGACUUGUUCCUGCGAUAUUUCAACCUCAACCUGUUCUUUACCUACGAAUGCGAAGCGAUAUCUGGAAGAAGCUGCUCCACCUUGAAGACUGUGGUUAACAGCCAUAUCAAAGACUUUGUGCAAAAAUAUCGUGACGCCGAAAUGCAGAAGCUUGCCCAGGGGAUGGAAUCGGACCAAUGGAGUGCCAAGGACUUUACAGACGAGAACACUCUACUCUUGAAUCAAAUUCUUGAGUGCAGUACCCAAGACAUUGAAGCAUGGACUGAGAACAGUAGGAUAUGGAUUCCUUAUGAGAGUCCAAAGAAGCUGAGCUCGGAUGUUGGCUCAUCAGAAGCAAAUGGUGCUUCCAAGGAUAGGGUUCGAAAUGCAGUCAUUGAGUCGGAGAAAUUCGUGCUUCCAAAUUCUGCUCUGCUAUGCCUUGAUGGUGUGGGAGAUUUCUUGCAGCUGAUUGCUGGAAUCCCAUCUAUGACGACGGAUAUUGCGACAUCCUUGGUGGCAUACCUACAACUCUUCAAUUCCCGAUGUUUUCAACUCAUUUUAGGAGCCGGUGCUACUCGAUCUGCUGGCCUGAAGAACAUCACGACAAGACAUUUAGCACUUGCAUCUCAGGCUUUAGCGUUCAUGGCUACCUUGAUCCCCCACGUGAGAGAGUAUGUUCGCCGUCAGGCAGGCUCCGGUGCCAAUGCCUCCAACCUCAUGGGAGAGUUUGAUAAAAUUCGACGAUUAUUUCAAGAGCACCAAGACAACAUCCAUCAGAAAUUGAUCGAAAUUAUGAGUGGCCGUGCUGUCAAUCAUGCAAAGAGCAUUCGAGGCAUCAAUUGGGAUUCUGACACUUCCGAGGGACCGCACUCGUACAUUGAGAUGCUUGUCAAAGAGACAACAACGCUACACCGUGUCUUGACAAAGCAUCUUCCCGAGACGUCUAUUCAAGCCAUCAUGGUGCCUGUUUUUGCGAGCUACAAGACCCAGCUAGGAGAUGCCAUGCGGCAAGCAACCGUAACAACGCAGGCUGGUCAAGAGCGGUUACAAAAGGUCGACGGGUUUGGGGAUGCUGGUGACUUCCUCACCAAUAUUGUCAAUUCAAAGAAGGUUGCGGCAGAUUCACCCACUGCGACAGCAACUGCAACUACAACCGCAGCUACGACUACAACAAACGGAACAGGCGAUUCUAACACAGAGGACAAGGCUGAAUCGGAAACCAAGACAUCUUCAGAGGAGGCCCCACAAGAGUGA